GAAAUGACGCAAGUUGUUGCAUGCAGUCCUGUGACUUGCUUGAAACUAAAUUGCAUACAGCCGGAUUUGUUAUUAGGGUCGAUAGCACAAGGGAUCACAUUCGAAGCGUGAGGGCGCCGCGGGCCGCAGACUGGGAGGCCAGGACCAGCGGCGUCAUGGACGCGUCCGCGGCUGACAAGAGCAAGGAGGACGAGCUGCUGGUGUUCGGCUACGCCUGCAAGCUGUUCCGCGACAAUGAGAAGGCCCUGUAUAUCGACAGUGGCAAACACCUGAUCCCGUGGAUGGCGGACGAAACAUUGAAGAUUGACAGGUACGACGGUCGUGGCGCACUCUCUGACCUGCGUCCGCACGAGCCGCCGCCCGGCGGCCAUGACCGCUGGCACGGGCUCACCGAGCGCGAGCGGCGACUCGAGGAGCUGGUGGACCGCGAACGCUACCUGGCGCUCUACCAGGACGAGGACGAACAGCGCAUGCUGGAGGAGGAGGAGUGGAAGCGGCUCCAGUCGCUGGCCGGAGACGGCGCCCGCUACAGCCAGAUGGGCUACACGUACGACGCGGCCGGCGGCGGGAGUGGCGGCGCCGCCACCGGCGCGGCGCCGCCGGCCGCCCGGGAGCCGGCGGCGGCCGAGCCCGAGGACGAGCCGUACCAGCCGCCGGCCGCGCUCGGCCUGCCCGACGGCAUGGCGCAGCCCGGGUCUCGCCGACACGCCGACAUCAUCGAGAGGACGGCCCAUUUCGUGGCGCGCCAGGGCCCGCAGAUGGAGAUCCUGAUCAAGGCCAAGCAGUCCGAUAACGUCAUGUUCAACUUUCUGUCGUUCGACGACCCGCUGCAGCCUUUCUUCCGCCACAUGGUGGUGAUGAUCAAGGCCGGCCGGUACACCAUCGGACCGCAGAAGCCAGAAGGAGAGGAUGAGGCAUAUCUGCACCCGGCGCUGAAUCUCAGCCGUCCGGACAUAGCUCCGGGCAAGGUGGACGUGAUGUACCAGCCGUCGGCCAACUGCGCGUACCAGCUGCUGGUGAAGAACAUUCGGUCGCGGCAGGCGACGGACAGUCCUGCCGGCAGCGGCACCGCAGCGCCGGCCGCCGUGCCGCCGCCGCCGGCCGACGUCCGACUCAUCAUCGACAAGAUGGCCAGCUACGUGGCCAAGAACGGCCGCGACUUCGAGGGCAUCGUGAUGGGCCGAGGGGACGAGCGCUUCAGCUUCCUGAAGGAGACGCACAAGCAUCACGCCUACUACCGCCAGAAGCUGGUGCAGUACGAGCGAGAUCUGGGCAAGACCAAGCCGCCACCGGCGGCGGCGGCCGACACCGACAAGGCCAACAAGCCAGUGCCUGUGUCGUUCUCGAUCCGGCCCAAGUCUGACAAGGAGUCGACGCCGCUGGAGCGGAGCGCCCUACCGCUCGAGGAGAGCGAGGAGGAGGCCGACGAGGCGGGGCAGCCGGCCGCCGCCACCGCCGCCGCGGCAGCCGCCCCCACCGCCGCCGCCACAGCCGCCACCGCCGAGACCAACGGCGACGUCCGGCAGGAGAGAGGUGGAGCGUCGGCUGGACCACCAGCGGUGGCCUCACGGGGGGACGGGUCGAAGAGGCAGACGCGCCAGGUGCCGCUGGUGGCGCCCGCCCCCGGCGUGGGCCGCGAUGAGAUCCAGCUGGACCGCAAGAGGCGGGCCGCCCAGUUCCUCGCCAAACUGCGCCAGGACGUGGACAAACACAAGCAGCCGAUCAUAGGGCCCCAGCUUCCACCCGGCCCGCUGCCGGCACACUCGGACUCUGACUCGGAGUCCAACUCUGGCUCGGAGCCGGCGGCGGCCGGAGGUGAACUGUGGCCGGAGCGGCACGGUCCGCCCUCGCCCGGGCCGACGCAGACGCCCGAGCAGGAGCAGGAGCAGGAACAGCAGCAGGAGGAGGAGCAGGAGGAGAGUGGGGACGAGGCCGACCUGGACAAGUACAAGCUGGUGGACUCAGACUCACCCCACUCGGUACCUGAGUACGCGGCCGACGACGCCAGCCGAGCCAGCACCCCGCCCAGCGACCAGCACAGCGACCGGCGCGCCAGCCGGCCGGACAGCGGCGCCGACCGGCGCGCCAGCCGAGGCGCCAGCGUCAGCGACGGCCAGGACAGUGGGGGCGCCAGCGCCAGCGACCACCGCGGUAGCGGUGGCAGCCGCGUCGCCAGUGAACACCGGGGCAGUCGAGGCGCCAGUGAACACCGUGGUAGCCGAGGCGCAAGUGAGCGCCAAGGCAGUCGAGGCGCCAGUGAGCACCGUGGCAGUCGAAGCGCCAGUGAGCGUCAUGGGAGCCGUGGCAGUCGAGGCGCCAGUGAGCGCCAUGGGAGCCGUGGCAGUCGAGGCGCCAGUGAGCGCCAUAGGAGCCGUGGCAGUCUAGGCGCCAGCGAGCGCCAUAGAAACCGUGGCAGUCGAGACACCAGCGAGCGCCAUAGGAGCCGUGGCCGUCGAGACGCCAACGAGCGCCAUGGGAGCCGUGGCGGUCGAGGCGCCAGCGAGCGCCAUGGGAGCCGUGGCGGUCGAGACGCCAGCGAGCGUCAUGGGAGCCGGGACAGUCGGGGCGCCAGUGAGUUGGGCGAGGGCGGCCAUCGCCAGGAGCAGCGCCGCCACCGGCACCGGCACAAGAAGCGCUCGCAUCAGCGACGGCGGCGUCAUCACCGGCAGCACGGCUCGGCUGCAGUCCCCUGGUGCCGCGCCGGCUCCCGUCUCAGACAUGCACUGGCGGCGCACCGCCAGGCCGACACGCUCCCGCCAACCCUGGAGACGUCAUGUCCGCCUCGCCGCCGGCUACGGACGAGCAGGAUGUCGCGCAGCCGGACGCGCCGGCGCCGCGUAAGGUCGAGGAGCCGCUGCACACCGACCAGGCGAUCGCCGAGCUCAAGAGGAAGCUGGAGCGGUCUGAAAGCCAAAGUGCACGAAAUGAUGAAGGGUUCGUUGCUGGGCAAGUAG